CUCACGACACGCCUCUUAUUUAGUCUCUCUCCGCUCUCCCUUCGUUUCUUCGGCGGCGUCAUAAUGGCCGGAGGUAAACACGACACGGACGAAGGGAACCCUAACCCGAUUCCGACUCCUCCACCGCUCGCCGGGGACGCACCGCUAUCCGGGGAGGCGACGUCGCCACCGCUUCCGCCGCCUUCCGCCCGCAGGCCCUUCACCAGCCUCAGCCAGGUCGAUGCUGACCUAGCUCUUGCCCGCGCGCUUCAAGAACAGGAGAGGGCCUACGCAUUGCUGAGGAUGAACGGUGUCGACGGCAGUGAUUACGAGAGCUCCGACGCCGAUAGCUACGAUUAUGAGGAGGAGGAAGUCGAGGAGGGCGUGGGAGACGAGCCGGACCAUGUGAUCGAGGAGGACGCGGGGAACAUCGAGGGGAGCGAUUACGACCAUGAUGCUUUCGAUGCUAAUGAUCCUGAUGUUGACGAUGAGGCAUUCACAAUGGCGCUGCAGGAUUCUGAGGAGCAGGAGGUGGCUGUUCGGUUGAUGGCCCUCGCAGGAUUGAAUGAAUGGGUGUCAGAUGAUCAUGAUGAUUAUGGCGAUAACUCUCAAGAUGCCUGGCAAGAGGUUGAUCCAGAUGAAUACUCAUAUGAGGAACUAAUUGCACUAGGCGAGGUAGUUGGAACUGAAAAUAGAGGCCUUUCGGUUGACACAAUAUCCGCUUUGCCUUUAGUAAGUUACAAGGCAAACAAUGUCCAAGACAGCAAUGCUGAACAAUGUGUCAUAUGCCGGCUGGAGUAUGAGGAUGGUGAUUCCUUGAUGCUGCUUUCUUGCAAGCACAGAUAUCACUUUGAAUGCAUAAACAAGUGGCUACAAAUAAACAAGGUAUGUCCUGCCUGUAACGCCGAGGUAUCAACAUCAGAGAACAAGUAGAGAUCUACAUAACCUGAUGAAGAGACCAUCGUCUUCUGGAGAUGCUUUUAAGGAGAUUGCUUCUAUAGAAAAACACCGUAAAGAUGUCCCACCUAUCAAUGCAUCGCAGUUGGUGCGACUUCCAUAUAUGUUACAGUAUAAUGGAACCCGUUAUCAUCUUUAAUGUGGUAAAACCUUUUCCUUGUUUGAUGUUCUAAUCAACACACCACAAAAUUGUACGAUUAUUGUUAUCCAUAAUUGUACCUGGAAUUCUGAGUUCAGUGACCAUCAAACUCGAGAUGUGGAUGCCAGGUA